AUGCUCGCGCGACGAGACCAAGAGAAUCUGGUGCACUCGCACCAGGUGACUGCGGCAUCCAAACCCUUGAAUCAAAGCGUUCGACAGCUACAACCAAAGACUCCUGGCAAUAAAGCCCCGAAAACUCCAUUCAAGGUCCCGCUACACGAUGAAAACGAACCACUACCAUUUGGAAAGAAUACCGUGAAAGGUAAUGGAGGACUGAGGAAAGUUGGAAAUGACGCCUUCGUCACGCCGUUGGGUCCUCGAAAUCGCGCCCCUCUCGGAGCCAAAACGACAAACGCCAAGGCAGCGACAUUCAAGACUCCCGGUCGGCAGUCCGACUCCUUGAAGACACAGAAAACCAAACACAGAGGUUCCAGUACCAAGAAGCCAAAGAAGGCGGAAAUCGAAGUUCAUCAAGCUCAACCACAAGUUGUCGAUGCGUCCGACGUCGAUGAUGUUCCUGAUGUUGAGUAUGCGCCACCCAAACCGAAAGACUUACCUGAUCCUCCGGAAGAUAUUACCUACGACACCACGUAUCCCCAAUUCAGAGGACGCAAUAUGACUCGGGGCUGGGGGGAGAUCUACUUGCGAGAGGAAAUCGGCGAAGAUGGCCUUACUGCUCGUCAACGCAAAUUCCAGGAGGCGUCACUUGCUUCCGAGAGGAAGUUGGACGAGAUGAUUCAGAAUGAAGUUGACGCUAUCAACUUGCAGGAUCUUCUCCUAAUUGACGAGCCUGAAUUGCGCCGCGGAACUGGUUUCACUGAGGCACAGAAAAAGGAACAACCUCAGAGUUCAACGGCCGUGUUACCAACACGGGCAAGUACUCUGAAAGCACGCAAUGCUGCGGCUGCUCUUUCCAGACCGGGAUCCUCUGCGACGGUUCGCAGCGACAGUACCAGGUCUUCUUCGGCAACGGCCAAAACCAGCAGUUUGUCAUCAUUUCUUCCAGCGAAGAAAAAGACUCUUACUCCCAAGACCAAUGGGUCAAACACUCGACAUGCUAUUGCUACGGCCAGCUCGCGUACCUCUGUAGGCUACUCCAGAGGCAGAUCAGUGGCGUCUGCCCUUUCGAACAAGCCCACCGUCAGUGGGAAGAUACCGGCUAAGCCGAAAGCCGUCAUCAGCCCGGAAACAUACGUGCAACUCUAUGGAGCCCCUCCGUUUGGAAGUGAGAUGUGGGAUCGUUGCAAAGCAGCAGAUUGCCUGCCGGAGGAUGAGGUUGUCCCUGGCCGCGAUGAAGAUUUCGGUCUUCCCCUUUUCGAAGAGGACGAAGAGACACGAAACUUCCAACUCACUUUGUAA